CUGGCCAUGAAGUGACACCUUGUUCCUCACGGCUGCAUGUUGAAUGAUGACCUCUCAUCAUUCAUGUGUGAAAAUCAGUAUGUUACAUUAGUAAUGGUCACAACAGUAGACAUAUUGCCUGCAAGUAAGCAAAAUAUUAAGUUUUUCUGUGUGUACCGUUCAAACAUCUGCUGCGCACCAUUUAUGCUAGGAAUUAGCUGUAAAAAAUGGUCACAACUGUAAAUAAACUAAAUGAACCUACGUUUUUACAUUCGGUUAAAAUAAAACAAACCUUUAAAAAAAUACACUGACAACAUUCUUUGAAGUAUUAUUUUCAUAGAUUAAAAUUCGAGGUUUAAAGAUUGGGGAAACUACUUCCGAAUGGAAAGUACCGACAAAAGAAGUAUUAAAAAAAAAAAAGAUCACCUCUUAUUUUCUUGUUGCGUUGGUAAAUAAUAAAAAGAAAAGCAGUUCUGAUGCUAGCCGGAAGUACUGCGCAGUGCACAGUAUUUUAUCGGCCACGACAAAUACAGGAAAUGAGGUCAUAACAAAGUCACGGCAGGUAAGCUAGCAGUCAUGAAAUUAAAAUACAAGUACUGUAUUUUUCGGACUAUUUUUUAAAUAUUUUGACUGGCUCUUUGACUUGCACUCGAGUGCGACUUCAGUGUAUUAAAAACUGUACCUGUUAUUUCACAGUAACCGGCAUCACUUACAACGAGCCGCGAGAGGGCGCUCUAGGUUUGUGUUAACUACCGGUAUCUGCUUUUCCUGUACCGCUAAAAACAAAUCUACCAUAACAGACAAUUCUGAAAGACUGAACACGAAAAAAUGCCCCCCAAAAGAAAAUCAUACUGUGCAGCUUUCAAGCUGCAGGUAGUGAAAUAUGCAACCAAGAAGGGUAACCGAGCUGCAGGAAGGACUUUUGGAGUGAACGAGAAACUUGUAAGGGACUGGCGGAAAGCAGAGGUUUUCCUUACUGCAAUGGAGAAAACGAGGAAAGCCAAUCGUGGGCAAAAGGCAAGAUGGCCACAGCUGGAGAAGCGACUUUACGUAUGGGUGCUGGAACAACGAGCCGUCGGGAUAUUAUUGUCGACAGCGCAGUUACGUUUACACGCCGCGGAGGUUGCCAGUGCAAUGAAUUUAAAGGACUUUGUGGGAGGAGCAUCGUGGUGUUACCGCUUCAUGCAACGGAACAGUCUCUGUUUUGAAAGGGCCAUGUUAAAGCCGUCUUCUAAUCAACCAGCAGGAUUAAAGACUGAGGACCACAAUUUCCGUAUGCAACAGGAAGUGCCACCGCUGUUCAUCAAAAAGGAAGAAGAGGAAGUGGAAUGCAGUAACGAAGCUGAGCAGCUUCCUCCAUUCUCAGGGCGCAAUCAAAGUGAAGAAAAUGAUAGCGCCGUUUUCCAUGUGAAAAAAGAAGAAUGUGAAAAUGUCCAUUCGGAACCAGAGAGCCUCUUUGCGCCGUUAUCGGAACCGGACGAUAUAACAUCGGACUCUUCCGAAACAUAUGACAGCGACGAUAAUGACAAAGAGCGGACAAAAGGGGGCCCCAUAGGUGGUGCGACAUAUGCCGAUGAAGCGGUCAAGAGGGACGACGCCAAAAAACCUGCAGAAAGUGAUAAAAACUGCGACACUGAGAGGAUUAAUAAGAACUCAGGAAGUGAAAAACCGCAUACCGAUGACAUUGUCCACUCCGACAAAGCCAAAAAACCUGCGGAAACUGAUGAAAACUUCGAUGUUGAUCAGAGGUCAAGCCAAGACUGCGAUGAUUUUAACUGCUUGCAAUGUGAGAAAACAUUUUACAGCAAAAAAGGUUUGAAAAAUCACAUGCUAACACACGUGGCGGAAGAAAAACUUGCUCCUCGCUCUGUUAGAAGAUACUCCUUGAAGGAUUUUGUGAAGCAAACAUACGAGGAAAAUGACGAAGCUGACGCCAACUCAGCUCUGCCGUCGAAUAUAAGCGAUGCCAAAGAACCAAAAAGUAAAACUGUAGAUGUCAAAAGGUCUGUAUUCAAGUGCUCCAUAUGUGAGAGUAUACUACACAGCAAAACUCUUUUGGAAAGUCACAUGUUAUCACAUGGGAAUGCUUGUUCAGUUUGUGAUAAGAAAUUCAAAUGGAAGCAUCACCUGAAGAGACACAUGCUAAUUCAUGCAAAAGAGUUUAAAUGUACUCAUUGCGGGAAAAUCUUUCUCACCAGACGCAAAUUUUUUGCCCACAUGGUAAUGCACAAAGGUUUUGCUUGUCAGGUUUGCGAUAGAAAAUUUUCCCUCAAGCGUCAUAUGUUGAAACACCAGGAACUACAUAACAAGCAAGACAGCUCAGUUCAGAGAAAAGUCUUACCGAAGAGUGUGCUACGGGGCUCCCUAAAAAAAGCAUGCAAACAACAAACUGACAGCGCGCGCAGUCAAGAUCAGAAGUCAAACUCUUCUGACGUCAACGGCCGCCAUGUUCAAUCUUUGGAGACCAAAAAUAUGUUCAAUCAUCCCAAUGAUGUCUCGUUUAACUGUUCCCAAUGUGGGAAAGUGUUUCCCACUCAGCUGAGUUUGAGUAAUCACGAGAUCAUCCACAUGGAAGACAAAGGCUUCGCUUGCUCCGUUUGUGAUCGAAGAUUUAGCUACAAGCACAACAUGAUGAGACACGAGAAACUGCACAAGAGUCCCAAAUUUUUUUCCUGCAAACUUUGUUGGAAAAACUUCUUUAGUCAAGAGCGAUUGGUAGCUCACAUGAGAGUGCACGAUGAAAGCAACUCCCCUGCCAAAGGAGAAAACAAUGACAAUCGGCGCUCUGAAUCAGAUACAGACAACGAUUCAGACGUGGAUGGCGGUGACAAGAAUGAAGUGCCUUUGAAGACCAAAAGGAAAUGGAAAGUGGCUGCUGCUGGCGGAAAAACCAUUUCAACCAUGGACAUGGUGCGGCGGCGCUCAAAAGUGUGGCUCAAUUUCACAAAGAAAAAUGACAAGUUAGCUCAAUGCAACAUUUGCAACACAGCUGUAUCACGCAAAACUGGCUGCACGUCCAAUAUGAUUAGACACCUCCAGCUUCAUGGAAUAGAAGUGCCGAGUGCCAACGUAUUUAACACGCGCCGGUCUUCUAACCAGUCAGAACCGGACAGGAAGCAGCUUGCAGGGAGGCAAGUCACAGAAGAUGCUUCAACAUCAGACAUGGACACAGACUCGAAUUGCCAACAGGAGACAUCUUUCUGUUCCUCCUCUCGUUGGAAAAGAUUCUCCACUGGAAAUGAGAGGAGCAACAUGAAAACACACCAAAAAAGCCCGAAAGCUUUUCGAGGCUCUUCCCGUCCAAAAAGUUUCCAGGGUCGAGUGCAACUGGGAUCAAAGUCAGACCGUUAUCGUUGCUUGACAUGCAAUAAAACGUACAGCUGGAGUUCCGGUUUAAGGCGACACAUGUUAAACCACACCGGCGAAAAACCUUUCGCUUGUUACGUCUGCGACAAAAGUUUCACUUUGAAGGAAUGUUUAACCAGACACAUGUUGACGCACAGCGGCUGCAAAUGUCCAGUUUGUCAGAAGUGUUUUAUGAGUCCGUCGCAAGUCAAGGAGCACAUAAGUACGCAUGCAAAUGACGAUCUUCCCGGGCACUCGCCUCGCGAUGACUCAAUCGGUUCAGAGAAAGUAGAGACAAAAUGCGACGAGCCACACAAGAUGUAUUCGUGUCCUGUUUGUGCCAAACAAUUUUCCAACAAAUAUUACAUCCGACAGCAUAUGCGAUUGCACACUGGGGAGAAACCUUACCAGUGUGGUGUCUGUUCUAAGAGAUUCCAUUUUAAGUCCGCUAUUAAAACACACAAAUGUAUCGGCGAUGAUAAAAACUGAGUCUGUGGAAAAAUAGGAUAGCUGGCAAACCGACGCGUUUGUUGUUUUGAGGGAAAAUUACCCAGUUUUCCCCCUAACAUUUUUUUAAUACAUUACUGAUUAUAUCAUGUGCUGCUGAACAUUUUGGUUACCAAAAAAACCCAAAAAACUUUAAAGGUAUACGGAAUUUUUUCUGUUAUUAUAAAACUUUUUUUUUUCUUCUAUCAUUUUGCUUAGUUUUACUUUUAUGUUUUGACCAAAGUGGCCUUUUCAAGUGUUUUUAUAAAUGCAUUU